AUGCCGAAGCCCCGGGGCGUGCUGCACGUCCCGCUCGUCCCCAUCCCCGAGGACACUCUCGACGACGCCGUGGACGCAGAGUUGCGAAAUGGGGCGGGGCCGAGCGGCUACGGGCUUGAGGCGGAGGAGGACUACGUGCGGGAGAGGCGCGGCCCGUGGGCGACGUUUUUCCAGCGCGGCAGCGAUGUGGAAAGCGCUCGGGUGAACCACCACUACACCCGGGAAGAGAGAGGAAGGCUGAACGCAGUUGAGGGGGUGGACUACUUUUCACCCAACAGUGAAGUGUAUAGGGAGUGGCUACGAUCACAGCCACAUCGUCGCACAUGGGACCGAUGGCUGAUGAUGGGAACCAUAGGUGCAUUCACUGGCUUUGUGGGGUACUGCUUGUAUUUGGCCAUCAACUAUGUGUCCAUGGCAAAACACCAGAUCUUUUGGAGGUUCACGGCGGGCUUGUCAUGGUUCCUUAACACAUCCAUGAGUGUUGGCCUGGCGUUCUGUGCCGCAUGGACUGUUGUCUUUGUUGCACCGGCAGCAGCAGGUUCCGGUGUGCCUGAGGUCAUGGCUUUCCUCAAUGGGCUGAAUAUCCCAAAGGUAUUCAACAUAAGGACAUUUUUGGUCAAGCUUGUGUCUACCUGCUUGGCUGUGUCUUCUGGCCUCCCCGUGGGUCCUGAGGGCCCGAUGAUCCACAUUGGUGCAGCCAUUGGUGCGGGCCUCAGUCAGACACACUCAACAACCCUGGGAUUGGACUUGGAAGUGUUUGAGAGGUUCCGUAACCCAAAGGACAAGAGGGAUUUCGUUACAGCCGGUGCCGCUGUCGGUGCUGCAGUGGCCUUUGAGGCACCCAUCGGCGGACUGCUGUUUGCUUUUGAGGAGGUUGCCUCCUUCUGGCAGCAGAGCCUGUGCUGGCAAAUCUUCUUUGCAUGUGUGUGCUCGAUACUAAGCUUGGGGCUUUUGCGAUCGGCGGAGAAAGCCCUUGGCGGGGAGGGGCACUUUGGGUUGUUUGAAAGUACAACGUUGUUUGAGGUGAAAAAUUCGCUUCUGAAGACCCACAUUGUGAUGGUUAUCCCAGCCGUUGUGAUCGGGGUCAUCUGUGGCUUGGUCGGCAUCGUGUUCACUGUUAUGAACCUGAAGGUGUCACGCCUGAGGGAUGAGCUGAUGAAGGAGCGCAAGUGGUGGAGGGUUUGGGAGCCCUGCAUCCUUGCUUUCAUUUUUGUCACAGGCACUGUGGUGCUGCCCAUGUUCUUCCCCUGUCUUGAGGCCCACUGCUUCAUCAAUGAGCAGGUCGGUUUGUCUUUCUCUUCAACUUUGGCUGGCUGUUGGCCUGUGCAAUGCAGCCAGUGA